AUGGACCUCUUCAACCGAGGCAAAUCAAAAGGGAAAAAGCGGCCGAUUAUUGAUCCACCUUUAAUACAAACAACGACAACGACCAACACCAUACAAACCAGCACCACCACCCCUCAAUCUCCUAAAAGCCCUCCUCAUCAGCAGGAUGACUAUUUUGCAGCAGGUCGCCUAGUAGAUAACACUUCUUCCAUCAGAAGCUCCCAAUCAUCCUCUAUACCAAGCACUGACAGUGAUUAUACCAAUGUGGACGCAAUGACUGAAGCUGAGAUAGAAGACUUCUUUGAACGCAUGCUAACAAGAAGAGGCAUUCACGAUAAUAAUGCUCGGUUGAAAAUGUCUUCAUUUUCAGUGGAAAAGAAGAGAUUAAUGGUUGCCCAAGAUAUACAAUCGGAGACCAAUGUACCUGCAGCACCUUCAUCAAGACGAGGAGUCGAUAAGAAGGCAGAUUAUCAAUCGGAAAGCAAAGGUCCCGAGUACUAUGUUCGAAAACUAGCAGACAUGUCAAAAGGCGUUAAUACAAAAGUGGUGUCGCAUUUGGCAGUUGGAUUGAGAACAAUGCCAUUGAGCUGGGUGCGUCAGUUUAUCGAUAUGCAGGGCUUGCAAGUCAUUACAGAUUUGUUAAAGGCACUCAACAAGAGCACAAACAAACAAGAAUCGACUUUGUCAGUGGAAGCAGACAUCUUAAAGUGCUUCAAGGCAUUACUGAACAAUAGGGUGGGAGCACGAGAGGCGCUGAAGCACCCACAAUGUGUACAGCAAAUUGUUCAUUGUAUUGUUUCACCUUCCAUCAACUCACGACGAUUGGUAUGCGAAGUGCUUGUGUUCAUGUGCUAUUACGAAGUGCCUGUAGGCCAAGAUCUCGUAUUAAAAGCCAUGGAUCAAUUGCGAGACAAACAGAGGGGACUAGGCAGAUUCGAUGCGUGGCUAUCAGAGCUUGAAAUCACGCUGGGCGGACGUGGAAGAAUGGGCAGCAUGGUGGGUGCCAGUGAGGAUUUCAAGCGCAUGGCUGCCUAUGGUCCACCUGAUGGCCAAUUAACAGAGUACGCAUUGUACAACAUGAUCUUGGUCAAUGCAAUCAUCAACGUCGUCGAUGACCCUGAAAUCAGAAUCCACCUUAGAAACCAGAUGACAGCAUCAGGGUUGGAGCGAAUCAUGGAAAAGAUGAACGAACUGUGCGAUGAGCAUGUGGAUCGCCAAGUCCGAGAGUUCAAGUCAUUGGCGGAGAACGACCAGGACGAAGUAAUGGAGAUGUACCACGAGCAUGUACUCAGCGAUCAAAACGAUCCAAGGGAUGUGUUUGAGUGCAUCUUGAGCAGCGUGGAGGGCACCAGAGGCUAUGAUUUUUUCCUUAGCUGUUUGCAGCACCUAUUACUAGUCAACAGCGAGGAAUCUGGCAUCAAAUCGAGAUACUACCAAAUCAUUGACAAUUUGGUAGCCCAAGUGGUGCUUGAUCACAAAGGGCUGGCGGACGAUUUUUCUGCAGACUACACAACCACGGUCCAACAUUUGAUUAGCAAAUUUGCAGAUCAGGAUCAGCUCAAAGCAACGUUGGAGGAUAUCAAAGAGCUACAGCAAAGCUAUGAUGAACUGGAGCGAGAGCGUGAUUUACUGCGAGAGCAAUUAUCGCAUCAAGGAGAUGCAUUGGAAAUUGUGCAACUUAAAGAAAAGACAGUGUCCCUGGAAGAUUUGCUGAGAAUGUCACGCCACACCAUAUCAACACUGCAGCGAAAGUUACGGGAUUUGCAGAGUGAUUACGACGCAAGUCUGGAGAAGGCAGAGCGACAAAUGGAGGAGUUCUCCAAGGUAGUGGGUGUUACUGAGGAAUCCAACGAGGAGGAGGGAGACGUCGUUAUAUCUCGAAAGAGCAUUGCGACAGCCUUUGGACGCAUUCGUGCUCAGGAAAUGCUAGAAGGUCGCAACAGAAACGAAUUCAAAUCAAGCGAGCCCUCGCUGAGCCCCUUGGAAGACAACGGCAGCAAACACAAGUCCAUGGCAUUGGGAUUAUCCGAGGAGUUCAAGAGUCAGUUGGCUCGUCAGUUUGGCUCGAGCAGUGGACUGGGCGAGUUUGUGCUUCCAGGUACAAUGCCACUCAUGGGAUCUGCAGUGAGACGCUCCAACAACCGUCGCAGACAAGUGCAGAUUGAAGUUGCGCCACUUAUGCCUCUAGAGCAGGCUUCCACAGAGGAUGUACCUACCUACAACAAACGCAAAGAUUCCUUAGACGGAGGCAUCAAGAGCCCUCGAUCUACAAAAAGUACCUCAAUCAGUAGACGAGAUAAUGGAAGUAGGAAGAAUAGCUAUACAUUCAGCAAAGAGGAGAGCGACAGCGAUAACAUUCUUUCGUCCAUGAUUACAUCUAUUAACGAGGAAGAGUCUGAAAUACCUACCCCUACUACACAAGUUGAACAGCUUAGCAUACCCACUUCAGAGCAUGUUCAUGAUCUACCACCUCCGCCUCCACCGCCACCACCACCGUCUUCUCAGCCUUCAGUGACAGGAAGCAUGCCUCCACCUCCACCGCCACCGCCACCGCCACCUCCACCACAGCCGUCAGAAAUGAACAGCGCUUUGUCUAUACCACCACCACCUCCUCCACCUCCACCCAUGUCAGGAUCGACUACAGAUCUCUCAAGAUCAGCAGCUGCCCCACCAGCGCCGCCACCACCACCCUCUUCAUCAUUACCGCCGCCCCCACCUCCACCACCAUCCGUUCCAUCACCACCCAACGCACCUGGCGCAAUGAACAUGCUUGCUCCUCGCAAACACCUCAAACAUUUACCAGCUGUCAAAACUCGACAACUGCAAUGGCAAAAACUCAAUGCCAAUCACAUUGGCUCGACUCUGUGGAAAUCAUCAGCUGAUGUAGAAAAGGAAGAGGCUUUGGAGUCUUUGUUGGAUGCUGAGGGUAUUUUCAACCGUAUGGAGGAAGUUUUUGCGCAAAAAGUGGUCGCCACAAAACGCAUGGCCAAGAAGGAGAAGCGUCAAGAAAUCUGCAUCAUUGAUUCUCGCAAAGCUUAUAAUAUCAGUAUCGCCGUGCUUGCUAAAUGCAAGAAUAUACCGUUUAAAGACUGCAAGAGAAAGAUUUUGGCAGUGGAUGACAAGUUUUGCACAGAAAUCAUGCUGAGAAAUUUGCUGGUCAAUGCGCCUUCUCAUGAUGAGAUGGGCAAGUUAUCUGUAUUUUUAAAAACUGCUUCUGAGGAAGACUUGCAAAGCUUGUCAAAGCCGGACGCAUUCUGUGCAGAGAUUAUAUCCAUUGAUCGGUUCAAGGAACGUCUUACCAACAUGCUCUUUGUCACCACCUUCCACGAACGCAUCACACAACUGGGCAGAAAUAUGACCAAUGUCAUGGACGCAUCUACAAAUCUAAAGGAUUCUCAGUCAUUCAUUGACUUUUUGAACAUCGUUUUAAUGGUGGGUAACUUUUUGAACGGCACCAACUUCCAAGGUGGCGCAUUUGGUAUUCGCAUCAGUAGUAUCAACAAGCUAGUCGACACCAGAGCCACCAGCAACGAUACAACAUUGCUGCACUUUUUGUGCACAAUGAUCGAAGAAAAGUUUCCCAAUAUCAGUGAGAAUCUACUAAAGGACCUUGAGCUCUGUGGAGAAGCAUGUAGAGUGACCAUUCAGGACUUGAUCAAGGACUACAAUGAGCUUCGUGUGGGGCUUCAGACACUAAUUCAUGAACUGGAUUGUCACUACAGUAAUGACUAUGAAGCAGCCCCUGGAGAUAACUUUGCAAGUGUCAUGUACAAGUUUCGUGAUCGGGCGAUUGAAAAGUUCGACCAACUGGAAGUUAGAUACACCUCGAUGGACGUCGCUUACAAAGAUGUCGUCUCCUACUUUGGGGAGGACCCUAGUGAUAUGAAGCCAGACGAAUUUUUCGGCAUCUUCCAGACAUUUACAUCGAGUUGGAAUAAAGCGAAAUCAGAUCUUGAGAUGCAAAAGAAGAAGAAGGAGCAAGCAGAAAAGUCAAAAGAAUUCCAAGCGCAACGCAAAGCUCGACUUAAUAAUCGAUUGGAUAUCAAGGAUGCCACCUCAGAGAAUCAAGAAGAUAAAGACAUUAUGGACAAUUUACUGGAAAAAUUGCGCUCUGGAGAAAUGGCAACCACCUCAUCUCAACGGAAGAGUCGUCGCAUGUCUGUGAGGGAAAGAAGAAGAACGCGAGCAGAGUCCAUGGUAGUAAAAGCUGAAGAUCUGUUACGGCAUAUACAAAAUGAGGAAGAGGCACCACCGCUGCCAAGGGCUGCACGAAGCGGGUCGAGAAGGUUUACAAGUUCUGAGCGUAUGAAGAAGUUGGCUUCUUUAGCAGAUAACAAGGGAGAGGAAGUUGCUGUCAAUCUAUAG